AUGGAGGGCGUGCUCUGGGUCGAGAUACUCGCUCUCAUCGGCUAUGCGCUCAUGUGUCUGCUGAGUCUCCUGCUGGUCGUGUACCUUCGAGUGAACCGCCGAGAGGCCUUCAAAGGAGACCCCCACGCCUCCCGUAAAGUCAUUUUACCCGCAUUCGAACCAUUACUCUGGAUCCUCGCAGUUAGCGCCGGCAUCUACGUCGUCUUCUUCAGCGUGGCGCUCAAGAUCAAGUUGUACACUGUCGGGUUCCCGAAUAUCGACCGAGAGUUUUUCUACUGUGGCCGCAUGUUUGUCUUCACGCUCGUACUGGUGUUUCUGUGUCAGAAGAGUGUGUCGCUGCCUGCUCUCCGAUGCGCCGUGCUGAAAACUCUCGUGGUUUCAUGCUACACUCUGCCAAUGGUGUGGAUUUUCAGCCACUUCAUACCCCAGCAUCUCACAUUGUUAUUCUUCGUCAAGCUUGGAGUACGACCGCUGCUGCUGAUUUUCGUGAUGUACGUGUGUUUUCUCCACCCUCCGGCGGGUCGAGCGAGUCCCCAAGUCUUGAGAACACACGGCUGGUUCGUCAUUGUGUAUCACGUAUUCCUCGUGGGCUACAGCAUCACACAACAGUAUAUGCAGGACUCGAUCUUGUAUCCAGUGUUGUCUUACACGAUAUUGAUCUGGAGCUCCAUGUGCCCAUUGAUGAUCUGGAGAAUACUCCGAGCUGACACCGAGUACUGGCGAGGAAUGGGGAAACGCGUUUAUUCGCUCCAACACGUCGUCCACACUCAACCGAAUUCGCAUCUACGAGCGGCCACCACAGCUGUGAACGAGGACAUUUCGUCGCACGGGAUCCAUGUGCUCAUUGAGACGCACCGUGAGUUUCUGAUCGACUUUGCGCAUUUGGAGCUCAGACGCAAAAUCAGAUCCGACAAGCACUUCGCCAUGUUCAGCGGCUUGCUGCGCUCGACCAAGGUUGUUGCUGUUAAAGUGUACACACCGCGGUAUCUUACUGAAGAGAUCGUGGGCGAAUUUUCGCACGAGGCAGCGCUGUGUGCAGGUUUCAGCCACCCGAACAUCGUCGAGUGUUAUGGCAUGUGCGUUUGUCCUCCGACGGUGUGCUUAGUCUCUGAGCUGUGUGCGUACACGCUAGAGGACGUGCUGAUAACACGAGGAAAGUAUGUCGACCAUCGGCGUACGAUUUGGCUAGGUCAAGCUCAUGAUAGCAACGGUGACUCGAGACUGGAACUUCAGCGGAUGCAGCUGAAUGUCGCCUACAUGCUGGAUUGCUCUCGUGCUGUGGCUUAUGUGCAUAGUUUCUCGCCUCCGUUUCUACAUCGUGACAUCAAGCCCGCCAACUUCCUUCUGGGCAUCGAUAACAACCUCAAGCUCACGGAUUUCAGUGAUUCACGACGGCUACAAAGUGAAAUUCCAACUUCAAAUGGCAAUAGUCCAGCGUCCAAAGUGUCUGGUCCUGUCAAGCCCAAAAUGACAGUCACCGGGACAGUCGACUACAUGGCCCCCGAGAUGAUUAAUAGCCGUACUGGGCUUGCAGCUUACGCAGAGGCUGCGGACGUGUACUCCCUCGCCAUCACCUUCUGGGAUAUGCUCUACCCGGACCGCGAAAAAUACCCGGACACUUACAACAACAACCUGCUCGUUUUUGAAGGUGUGUUGAGUGGUUCUCGCCCUCCAAUCCACGACGAUAUCACGAUGGACGAGGUAGUUCCUCCAAGACUACUCGAUCUCAUUACCAGUGCGUGGAGGUGCGACCCAAACACGCGUCCAACAGCUCAACAACUCGUCGUCGAGCUCGAGAAAAUUCAAGAAGAGCUUCUAGCUGCGUUGGCACAGGAUCUACUCAGCGACUUUGAACGGGGAAAUGCUGAGUAUCCAGAUUGCGCUGACAGAGUUUUCACUGGUGAGUGCGCAGUUGAACGCAUGAAAGAAUUAAAGGUGGUGGAGUCCAAAGGCGAGGGCGUCCGUAUCGGCCGAGCGCUCAUGGAUGCUGGGUUCCUCCACCACUUUGAGCAUUCGAGUGGCUUUCGUGCCAGCAGUACGACUCUGUACUUCCUCGACGACGACAAUAUCAGCUUCUGCCAGCCGCUGGUCAUCCUAGAAGAGUCUGCAAGCUCCUCUCAGAACACUGAAGAUGGUCCUCUGGCCGCUCAGAGCUUUCAGCAGGUAUCGGCUUCAUCGAGGACAAAGUUACGGAAGCGUUCGCGUCUGCUGUCUCACUUGACCUCCACGUUCUCGGCGAAUGGCCAAACCGCGUCGGAUGUGGGAAGCUCGCAGAAUGGGCAAUGCGCAUGUCGAUUGCUGGGUCAGCUUCGAGAUGUACCGGUUGCACCUUCAAGCGGUCGACACCGGCGGCCGCGUCGACGAUUCACGUUGAGUCGCAACAGCAACAGCAACAGCAACAGCAACAGCAACAGCAUCUGCAGUACUGGAAGUGCCUCGGCUCUAGCUGCAACUCCAAGACGAUGGCAACUCGGCAAGAAGAGCGAGCCAGAAAGCUCGCUUCGGAACAAAUUGCUGGAUGAAGAGCAGCAGCAGAAUUAUGUCAUCGACUUGGCACGGGAAGGAUUAGUGCUCUAA